AUGCCGCGAGGAUUCAACCCUGAGGCUUUGGGAUUUGCGAGUCUGAGGGACGCGCUGGAGAGCAUGAAGGAUCUCGCACAGUUGGAGGCGUUUCCUGGAGGGUUCGUGCUGGUCUUUGCCUCUGAUGAGCUGAAAGGCGCAAACUUAGAAGGGUGUUCGUCGCCUCUUGCCAGGGCUGUAUCUGCCUCACCCUCUGCUGCCAGAUCAACCACCUCCUCUGAUCCGGUGUCUUCUGCACUUCCUUCUCCAAAUCCAAGAUUUUCUUCUCAGCUAGCCGCUGCUGGUUCUACUACUGCUGCAUCUAGUGGCUGCACACCCAGCAGUGCUCUUUACCCGUCCACGCCCACUACUCCACGUGCCUCACCUCCCCCUGUCCCCAAGCCCCGACCCGAAGGUUAUCGCCGCUUCGACAUCAGCUGGGGCGGCGAAUCCUCGUCACCGUUCUCCCCACGCUCCUCCCCACACUCCUCUUCCCUUCGCUACAGAGAGCCACCCUCUUCAGAGAGGAAACCCGUGAAGGAGAGUGCCCUGGGGCCCUCGUUCUCUUCACCCCUGAGCCCCUUCACAAGCCUGCCCUCACCUCGUUCACUCGAUGCAUCACCGUCUCCCCGACCACUUGGAGCAUUCAAAGCACAUCAGAGGAGGCCAUCUGGGCUGGGAGAGGAGGAACAGUUUUGGAUCAAGGGAGGGAACCAGCCUUGGGAUGAGGGUAGGGGUUGGGGCGAAGGGAAAGAAUGGGGCAUGGGUGGUGGGUUGCGGGAGGAAGUUGCUGCACUGGGGUCUCCUUUUGGUAGCAAAUGGCGCACAGAGGGGAGGUGGAGGGAGGUGAGGGAAGUGAGAGAUGUUCGUGAGGUGAAGGAAGUGGAGGAGGUGCGAGAAGAGUUGAGGGAUGAGGUGAUCAAGGGGGAACAGGAAGCACCUGGAGCUGUUCGCCCUGAAGCAGGACCCUUCAUGCAGCCAGCCUUGUUCUCCUCCUCUACUGCCACCUCUGAUGCAGCAGGUUCAUCAUCCAUCUUGAAAAACCCAUCGUCUGUGUCAGAUGCAGGUGUCUCAACACUUCGCAGCAGGGCAGUGCCACCGCCGCGCCUUGAGCUUCCACUUGCAACUGUUGCUGCAGAAAGCGUGACAGAAGGCAGCAAAGGUAACCUCACAGAGAGCAACAGGCCGGCCAAGGCAUCAGCGCCUGCAAAAGGCAGAGCAGCAGAUGGGGGAAAGGCCAGAGCGAUUCACAAGGCAGAGCUGAUGAGGAGUGAUUUGAGGCAACUGCUGCAAGAGGUACUGUCAAAGCCAGGGGUGCACAAGACAGGAUACCAGCUCGCGUUCCUCAAGGGUGCUUUCCUGCAGAAGUACGCGUACCCCCUGGAUCACACUGUGCUGGGCUACCCCAAGCUAAAGGCGCUGCUGCUGAGCAUGGAGGAUGUUGUCCAUGUGGCGGCUGCUCCUGGGGGUCAUGGGGUGCUCUUUCCUGCCAAAUCUGCUAAAUCUCUCCAGUCUCCUGCAGCUGCAUCACCAUCCGCAUUGUUGUCAUCACCAACAUCUUCAGCUGCAGCGGCAGCGGCAUCAGCAGCAGUGUCAGCAUCGUCAAGGCGAGCCUAUAGCAAGGCGACAGAAGCAGGGGUUCAGACUGCUGAUGUGGCAGUGAAGGAGGUGGUGAAAGCUGCCACGCACUGGCAGGUGAAGGCGCAGCAUGGUGGUGAGGGGAAAGAGGCUGCAACCUCAGCUGCACCCCCAGCUGCACUCUCAGCUGCGCCCUCCCCUACUGCACCUGUAUCAAGCCCUCUGUCGGCUUGUUUUCCUGAAGAUGAGCACUCAAUGUCAGCUCCAGACCCUGGUAGCCUGGUGCAUGAACAACCCAUGGAGGUGUCACCCGUUGUGGUGGAGGGCACGGAAGAAUUGGAUGAAGGGGAAGGGUCACCGGAAGUUGUGGCUCUGGUGUUGGCUAGUUUAGAACUGAAGCGGGAGGGUUCUGCUCCUGUAGCACCACAUGCCGAUGAGGAUGACGUUGAUGCCAGGGAAAGGGCGAUGGAGGCUGUCUCUCCAGACACAGCAGAGCGGCUCGUACCGUGCGCCAAUGCUGCCAAAUCACCCGAGCCUGGCGCGCGAGAGAGCAUUCAGAGCAUGUGGGACGAAGAGCUCAGCCGCGCGAAAUGCGCCGUGCAUGGCGGAGACUGUCAGGGAGGGAACGACGGGUGCGCUCCAGCACUCAAGGAGCUUAGCGGAGGGGGGGCCUCCGGGGAUGCUUUGGCUGGUCGAGGUGGCAGUGUGGGAGUGCCACGUGGCGUUCAGCAGCUGUUAAACGGGGCCUUUUCUGCCAUACCUAUCUUGUCCUUCCCACUUCCGCCAGGUGGAGAAGUCGUCGAGAUUUCAUCUGACACGUCCAUUCUCGAAGCCGUGCGCAUCCUGUCCGUCCAUCGCAUUCUCUCUGCGCCAGUCCGCAACGCCAGGCUCACAGGCGCAGCUCCAGGGACAGGGCCACGUGGGGCAGGCGGGGGAGGGGUAGAGGGAGGAGGGGGAACAGGUGGAGCAGGAGGGUCAGGAUUGGGGUUAGAAUCCGACAUGGCGUGGUCUGAUCGGUACCUAGGAAUGGUAGACUAUGCAGGUGUCAUGAUGUGGGUGUUGCAGCAGGCUGACCUGGCAGCUGCCACGCUGGCAGCAGGCACCGCGGCGUUGACAGGUGCCGGCGUGGGAGUGGUGGGGGCGCUAGGAGCAGCAGCGUUGGGGGUGGGAGGCGCACCGCUGGCAGUGACUGGCGUGGCGGCAGCAGCAGUGGGGGCGGCGGUGGCAGGGGGGUUGAGGGAGAGGAGGAAGUGGGGUGGAGGGAGAGGGGGCGGCGCUGCUGCUGCUGCCGAUUCUCUUGGUGUGGAAUUUUUCCACAUGAUCACUGAAAAUGAGCCUUUUAAGUCAGCUACAGUGGCUGACAUCACACGCAGCUACCGCUGGGCGCCCUUCCUCCCAUUGCAGCCGACCGACUCGAUGCUCACGCUGCUGCUGUUGCUCUCGCGCUUCCGCAUGCGCUCUGUGCCAGUUGUCGCCCUCGGAUUGGCCCCUCCGGCCCCUCGCCUGCACAACCUGAUCACACAGUCUGCCGUGGUUCGUGGCCUUGCGAGUUGUCGUGGAUUUGACUGGUUUGAUGUGAUUGCAGACAAGCCUCUUAUGGCUCUGGGCCUGCCGCUUGUGGGGGAGAAGGAGGUGGUGUCAGUGGAUGCGGGUGCGUUGGUGCUGGAGGCGUUUCUUCUCAUGAAAGAGAAAGGGGUUGGGGGUGUGCCGGUAACCGAGGGUCCAGAUUGCAUCCUGUACGCCAACAUCAGUGCAAGGGACGUGGGACUAUUGCUGCUGCACCCAGACAUGUUCCAUUCCAGGAGCCACUUGACCGUGCGGGACUUUGUUGACCGCUGCCUCGCCCUGCAAGCAGCAGAGCUGCACGUCCCACCUUCCUCCCUCGCAGCAGCUGACCUCUCUGCAACCACCAGCACUGCUCCCACCCCUACAUAUGCCACAGGGGCUGUCAGCGGCACCACCAUUACCACCACUAUACCACCUGCCGGCCCCACCAGUAGCACCAUUGGCAAAGCGGGCAGCAACACCAGUGACAGUGUUAGCGGCGACAGCUACAGUACAGUGGGGUCGAUGCGCCCAGCUGUUUCCUGCCGACGCACAGACAGCCUCGUGUCUGUGAUAGAGACGCUGGCAGGGAAGGGCAUUCACCGCAUGUAUGUUACUGACGACCACGGCCGGCUGCAGGGUGUGGUUACAUUACGCGACAUCAUUUCCCGGUUCGUUACGGAGCCAGAAGGGUAUUUUGAUAACUUUCUUGGGGAUAUGGCCCGAGCUUGGGAGUAA